GAUUAUUUUCUAAAUCCAAAUAUAAAGACCAAUUUUUUCAAAAAUCUAAAGUAACUUCCUGAAAAGCCACUGCCAGGCCAAACGUACCUAAGAAAGAAAAUUUGGUUCUCCGCCGGGCUGCCGGCCACGAUCUCCACCGCGCCGUGAUCGCAGUGUCUGUGGCGUUCAUCAUCACUAUCGAAACAACUAAUUAAAGGAAAAGAAGAACCAGAAAUUGAGAAUUUGAAACUGAUUCGUGUUCUUCCCCUUCAUCGUUCGCAGUGGUUUUUAGACUUUCGGUCUAAAAUUCGAAAAUGUCAAUGACAAACGAGUCAAGUUGGGUAGGCAGGAAAGCCGUGAAGCGCAUUGGUGGAAUGUCCGACGCUCUUUCAAUUGCCGCCGAUCUCGGUUUCACCGUCUCCUCCACACCUUCAUCUACAUCAUCACACGAACCACCUCAGAUUUCGUCCCCAACAAAUGGGGAAAAAGGUGAAGAUUUGAUCAGGGUUUUGCGAGAAUUAACUUCUGUUCAAAGAAAAAUUGCUGAUUUACAAGUUGAACUUCAAGGUCGAAAGGAUGAUAAAAAUGUUGCACAUUUGACACAUGUUAGUGAAAUGGAGAAAAAGAUUGAAACUUUGGCAAAGAUUACUACUAUUCUUAAAGAUGUUAUUCAUAAUAAGGAUCGCAUUAUAGCUCGUCUGCAGCAGCCAUAUUCCCUGGACUGCAUUCCUGUUGAAGCAGAAUAUCAGAAACAAUUCUCUGAACUACUAAUGAAGGCAGCUAGUGAUUAUGGUGCCUUGACAGCAUCAGUGGCAGAUUUUCAAUGGAGUCAGAAUUUUAAGGAACCUCCUUCAGUUUGGGGGGAGAUGCUUCGACCAAUUCCUGUAGCGUUGGCAUCUUGCACUAGAUACUUUGAAGCCAUGUCAGCCAAAAGAGAGUCAUUUGCAGCUCUUCAAAAACUGAGAGUGGGCAAUUUUGAUUCCUCUGUACCCAUGACACCAACCAGAGAUCCUUCCCAAAGACUACCAGGAGUAUCUGAUUCUCUAACUUCACUUCCAUCAGAAUAAUUAUACAAAGCCAAAGGAUCUUGUCUCACCCUCAUUCAGUUGAAGUAGAGUGUUACUUAGUUUCCAACAUCAAUCUAUCUUUUGUGAUAUAUCAUACUUCAAUUGCUUGUGUAUAUCAAUUAUUUAUGGAAUACCACUUGUGUUAAAAGAGUUGUUUAUUA